AUGGGUGACUGGAGCUUUCUGGGUAAUAUUUUAGAGGAAGUGAAUGAGCACUCAACGGUGAUCGGCCGGGUGUGGCUCACGGUCCUCUUCAUCUUCCGCAUCCUCAUCCUGGGUACGGCGGCAGAGUUUGUGUGGGGCGACGAGCAGUCAGACUACGUCUGCAACACGCAGCAGCCCGGUUGCGAGAACGUGUGUUACGACGAGGCAUUCCCCAUCUCCCACAUCCGCCUGUGGGUUCUGCAGAUCAUCUUCGUGUCCACGCCGUCUCUGGUCUACGUGGGCCAUGCUGUGCACCACGUCCACAUGGAGGAGAAACGCAAGGAGCGCGAGGAGGCCGAGCUGAGUCGCCAGCAGGAGCUGAAUGAGGAACGGCUGCCGCUAGCACCCGACCAGGGCAGCGUGCGCACCACCAAGGAGACCAGCACCAAGGGCAGCAAGAAGUUCAGGCUGGAGGGCACCCUGCUGAGGACCUACAUCUGCCACAUCAUCUUCAAGACACUGUUCGAAGUGGGUUUUGUUGUGGGCCAGUACUUUCUGUACGGCUUCCGCAUCCUGCCGCUGUACAAGUGCAGCCGCUGGCCCUGCCCCAACACCGUAGACUGCUUUGUGUCCCGGCCAACAGAGAAGACAGUCUUCAUCAUUUUCAUGUUGGCCGUGGCUUGCGUCUCGCUCUUCCUUAACUUCGUGGAGAUCAGCCACCUGGGCUUGAAGAAGAUCCGCUUCAUCUUCUGGAAGCCAGCCCCGGGGCAAGCCCAGAGUGAGGGCCCGAGCCCACUGCCCCCUCCAGGGGGGAUCCUCAAGAGCCUGCCCCCCCUGGCCGUGCCCUCCAUCCAGAGGGCCAAAGGCUACAGGCUGCUGGAGGAGGAGAAAGCCCCGUCCGUGACCCACCUCUAUCCCCUGGCAGAGGCGUGCAUGGAGGCAGGGAGGCUAACCCCCCUGGCCCCGCCCUUCCAGUGCAUGGAGGAGAAGGCGGAAGAACUGGGGCACAUGGAGGACAUUUCUAAGGUGUACAAUGAGACCCGGCCCUCCUACGCCCAGACCACCGAGAUAGGGGAGGAUACACUACCACUACACCAAGAGGAGGAGGAGCAGGAGCAGCAGCAGCAGGAGGUGGUGGAAGAGGGCAAAGAAGAGGAGAAAGUGGUGGCGGAGGUGGUGGAGCAGGAUGUGGUGGAUGGAGUGGUGGAGGAGGACGGAGUGGUGGAGGAGGAUGUGGUGGAUGGAGUGGUGGAGGUGGUGGUGGAGGAGGAUGUGGUGGAUGGUAUGGUGGAAAGGGAGGACGAGAAAAAAGAAGAGCAGAGGGAGGAGGAGGUGGUGGAGGAGGUUGUGGUGGAGGAGGUGGUGGAGGAGGUUGUGGAGCAGGAGGAUGUGGUGGAGGAGGUGGUGGAGGAGGUUGUGGAGCAGGAGGAUGUGGUGGUGGAGGUUUUGGUGGAGGAGGUGGUGGAGGAGGUUGUGGAGCAGGAGGAUGUGGUGGAGGAGGUUGUGGUGGAGGAGGUGGUGGAGGAGGUGGUGGAGGAGGUUGUGGAGCAGGCGGAUGUGGUGGAGGAGGUUGUGGUGGAGGAGGUGGUGGAGGAGGUUGUGGAGCAGGAGGAUGUGGAGGAGGUGGUGGAGGAGGUGGUGGUGGACGGGGAAGGGGGACCUCCAGCCGAGGCAGGGAUGGAGGUGACGGAUACGAUAGAAGACACCAGACCACUGAGCAGAUUGAGCAAAGCCAGCAGCAGGGCCAGGUCAGACGAUCUCACCGUAUGA